CAGACGAUGGCUAAGAAGAAGGCAAAACCAAAGCUCAAAACGCGUCAAGACGCGGUUUUUGCGACGUCACUUUCAGGUUCUACCCCGUUGGCUUCGUUUUCGUCCGAACCCGACGGCAAUUACGACCUUGUACAGCUCCCACCGAAAACAAAUCGUUCUGUCUCGAAUGUAACCGAUGCACCUUUGCAUGAACCCUCCGAGGCAGUGGUCGGUGAUGCUGAAGUUGCGGCGGGGUUCUCCGCAUCACGAGCACGGCACCCACGUCAGACCCCUGCGACACGACACAAGAUGAGUUGCGGCACUCAGUCAACUACGCAGAACAAUGAGGAACGUAGCAGCUAUGAGAGAUACCGGGCCACAGACUACUCCUAUCACCCUCCUCUCGAUAACCCCGAAGAGACCCGCGAUGCAAGCCCACUCCUGUCGACGGCCCCCGUUGACAGUCCGCCUCGGUCCCUGCCAGAGGAAGAAGACGAUGACACCGGUGGCGUGUUGUUCCGCCUGAGCCAAACCGAUGGCGGCGAAACUCAGAUAUCUGUGGACAACGGGCCUGCCGCGGCUGACGCCGCCGAAUCCCAGAAUUAUUUCCAGCGUUCGUUUCCCAAGAUGUUGCCGCCCGAGACACCCGCCAACGCGAACCCUUUUGCUGGAAAGGGCCAGGGAACCGUCCUUCCCGGGUCGGAAAUGUUCAUGCAUACACAGUUCUCGGCGGCUGCUCGGGCCGGCAUCAGUCCUACAUCAUCGCGGCCCUCUCCAAACAUGUUCGCACAUAAUACCAUUUCACCAAACUUUGUCGAUGCAUCUCCUCUUCAGGCUCGCGGCGCCCGCCAUUCCCCGCCUGCUCCGACGUCAAGCCCUCAACCGCUCACUGGAACAUCGUCCCGUCGUUUCGAUAUCGGAGCAGACUUAGUUCCUCAGUGCGAGUUGGAUUCUGAAGUGACAGAAAUCCCAGAGUCACCUCAGCCAAAAUCCCAUCGCGGACGGCGUGUCCCUACGAAACCUGUCGGAGAAUAUGAGCCUAUGAAGGACUCACAAGAGAGACGAGAACGAGCGGAACCUAGAUCUAACCGAAAGUCCGAUCCAGAUUGGAGCGACGAUGAUUUCGUAUCUGGCCGAAUACGAUCCAGGAGAGUCGCUGGCAUCCAAGGGUUAAGAUCAACAACCUUCAACCGGAACAGCUCCAGGGAAGAGGAGGUGGAGGUUCCGUCUACAAACAAGAAGAAACGCUCUAUAUCUGGGGAUGCAGAAAGAUAUCCUGCUGAACACCGUGCGGAGGAUAUUUGCGCGGAUGAAAGCACUCAAGAUUUGAGUACCCAAGACGCUCGUAGUGUGGCAGAUUCGCAAGAGCAGGUUCCUAAAGUCGACAACACGUCAAGUCGUGAGGCAAUACCAGAAACAAGUCCUCCUCGUGUGGCAUCUGGGCGUCAAGUUGGCUCAUCGGCCCCGGAGAAAUCAGCGGAUCAGUCAUAUUCACAGCUACCCAGCGAACUAGCCAUAACUGCUAGCAUAAGCGCACCAUCUACGAAGCCGAAGUCCUCUUUCAUACCUGCUAGCACGCACCCGGCUUCUGUAGUGUCAACGCCCGAGGCCGGUAUGAGUACAAGACUGAGGAAGCGUCGCGAAAAAUUAGCCCCUUCAAUGCCACUUACCAGUUCUGCUGGCACACUCGAUCUGCCUCGGAGAGAUCAUAGCCCAGGACAAGAGGAACAUUUGGACAAACAGGGGCCUCCCGCAAGUUCUUCUGCAACAAUGGACCCUCAAAACACUAUGUCGGAUCUAAGCAGCCUUGGGACAACACCUGAGCAAUCUAAUGAAACGACGCCCGCGACAGAAGACUCUGCUGCCCCUGAGGGAGUUGGAGCUAUUCUCAGGAUUGAGUCUUCGCCGGCCGAUGUCAAGUCUCGUCAGCGUGUCGUGACGAAGACGUACUCGAGCAAACCUAAGAACACAAGCCGUUCAAAUCGAAUCAGUCGAAAAUCUGUCAUUCGAUCCCCAACGUCUUCGCUAGACGAGCUUGCUAGAUCACCCGCAUUUGUACAAGCGCCGGGACAUAAUCUGCGUGCCUCUCGUCUGGGGAGAACCAGCGUCAGUACGACUUUUGAACGUGCACCCACUAGUACGCCGAACAGGGGGCCUAAGAUAUUUAACGGCAUGGUUUUUGCCAUCUCCUUUUCAUCAAAAAAACCGCGCGAGGGGGUUGAAUACAGUGGCCUCACCGAGCAAGUAUCAACGAUUGAGAAGAAAAUCCAGCAAGCGGGUGGCAGAGUUCUCAACAAUGGCUUUGAUGAGCUCUUCGAGUCGCAACCGGUCCAGAACGCCAUCGCGGAAUCUGAGGACGAUAAGACUUCUCCUGCAGAUUCAGAUCUCAGACUAACACCUACUGCCCGCUCGACUGGCUUCACAGCCCUCAUUGCAGACAGUCACCAUCGGAAGUCAAAAUAUAUGCAGGCCCUUGCCCUCGGUCUACCAUGUCUCUCGGCACGGUGGGUUACGACUUGUAUAACAAAGGGUAAGGUUGUUGACUGGGAGCCUUACCUUUUAUGCGCAGGUCAGUCUACUUUCCUGGGAGACGCAUAUCGAUCCAGAAAUCUGCUACCAUAUGAUGCCAUCACGGCAAAACUACAAGACGUGGUACAGAAACGAUCUCGUCUGCUGGCCGACAGCAAAAUCCUCAUUGUGAUGAAGAAAUCGGAAGAGGUCAAGAAAAUGGCCUACAUUUUUCUCGCGAGAGCUCUGGGCGCAUCCAUUUCACGCGUCUUCACGGCAGAUGAGGCACGUGAGAGCCUCCGCGCUGCCCAGGAUCGUGGAAAUCCGUACGACUGGGUUUACGUUGGCGAGAAGUCCAUAACAGAUCAGCUGUUUGAAGAGACACCGGAAGCCAUCUUCCCGAUGCUUAAAAAGGGCAAAAAGCGCAAGAGAGCCUCCGUCACAGAUGCUGCUUCAAACUCGUCCGCUGGCCCGCCGCCCAAGAGGAUUCGCACCUUAAGUGAUGAGCUUGUCGUCCAGAGCUUAAUUCUCGGCAGACUCAUAGAAGCAGAGGAGAUGGAGGAGUGAUUCCGAAUUGUUUAUUGACAAGUAGCAAUCUCCUAUGUGGCUUGUCGAUAUGAAGAUAAUGGAAAAGCAAGUUUGAUCAUCAUUUAUUCGAUCAUUUUCACUGUAUCAUUCGGCGUUCAGUUUGGCUUCUACAAAGCUUACGUUGAGAUAUCCGCCGGGUGAAUUUCCGUAGAGAUGGCGUAUAGAUGGUUUUUGUCGUCGACCCUUUACCCCUAUAAAUCCAGUAGCACUAUCUACUUGGAUAGUUUUGCUAGCCUCGCUCUUGUUUUUUUUUUUUUUUUUUAAAAAAAAAAAUUCUGUAUUCCCA